AUGUCUGGUGAUGAGGGGACACCUGCCGUAUCAGACGACACCGUGUCCAUGGUGACGUCUGUUUCGGACCUUUUUAUACUGGGCGACGUCCGAGCCAGUUUCCUGUUAGUUCUUCCAUAUCAAGGAUGUUACCAAGACUCGCCUGUCUCGAGAGAAUUGUAUGUUAAUCCCGGUAACUAUGACCCAUCUUCCAUUGAUGCCACUGAAUGUGAAAACUUAUGUGGACGUCAAGGUUACGGAUAUGCUGGUUUGACGGCAGGGAAGGUAUGUUUAUGUGGGCAGACGAUAAGUAGUUCACCAACAGGAAUAUGUGACGUAACAUGCCCCGGUGAUAUUACACAGUUUUGUGGGACCAGUGAUAUAUAUGAUAGCGUUUAUACAGCUCCAGUUAAAAUGACCGGAUUCAAGAUAGUACCAGCGAAUGAAGUCAUGGAAACAUACGCUUUGAGUACAAUCAAUUUCAACAUAACAGGAGGAUCUAGUUUGCUUUUCAAUGGUACAAUCUAUGAUGGUGGACCGUCUUUUGGACCCCUGACCACACAGUCAGUGAAUUACAAUAUACGUCGGUCAGGGGAGGUUGGAAUGACAGCGAAUGUUACAAAUGACAUUGAAACGAUGUUUGAUGAAACAGUUCUUAAAGUGCAAACACGAGUAAAACAAUUGAAAUUGUCCUGUGAAGAAACGGUUGUCUCGCAAACACGAUUUGACUGUUAUCUUACAGUUGCUAUGGGAACCAACUUGAAUAUAGCCGUUGACAUGGGUGAUGGAAAAGUUUACACUCUCAAAUCCCCGGGUACAAAAAGUUUGAUGAUAGGGCAGUCAUCUGGUAUAACAUCAGGUGCUGCUUACCCGGGCGAUAUGUUGUAUUUUAUGCCAGAGCACACAAUACCUAACAACGGUACACUUGCAGCUCUAGAGUUUCAAGCUACUGCAAUAGGAUUAAUCUAUGUCCAGGUAUAUCGACCAUUUUGCGCAUCAGGUUAUAACUUCUGCCCUAAAAGUAGUUCCUGUAUACUUAACGGAGUUCAAUGUAACAUUCAACCAUCUUCCACUGGAUGGAAACACCAAUGUGGUUCAGGAACAAUCUACAGUCUCGUUAAACGUGGAUGUGUUGACAUGUCCACUGGUUUACUCGUUCCCCACACAGUAAUACAGACCUGGUCGUCGAUGUCAAUGAAAGAGUACACAUUGGUUGGCCAAAUAGAUGUAACUAUCACCACAAUAGGUCAGCAGUUUUAUGAUAUUCCAGACAUCGACUUGCUGUCAGUUGAACAAGGUGAUGUUAUGGCUUUGAAAGAACCUACUGGAAGAACAGCCAUUAUCACUGCAACAGGAAAGAAUUACGAGUUUUACUAUGACGUAAACAGUGAUACACAAUGGGGCAGCAGAUUGACAUCAGGAUACAACCUGACAACAACUCCCGCCAUAUUUACCUCACAACAUGCUCUAAAGACAUUCAUAGAAAAACCAUCAAGGAUAAAAUUACGGCAUACUUUCCUUGGAAUGGAUUCGUUCUACAACGUUACAGCUACGGUACAAAAUGACGUAACAAAUCCACCUAGGCAAGCGGUGGCUUUGGUUGAACAGUUAAUCCUAAUAUCAGAUGUUCAUAUAGAAGUACCAUAUGCAGUGGCUACACAUGUGUCUUUUCAUUUCAACGUAUCAGAACACAAUGGGACCAAACCCGUAUAUACCUGGGAUUUCGGAAAUGGCCAGGGUAUAAUCACAACAGAAAGAUUUGUACAGCACACUUACAAUGAAACUGGAGUUUAUACCGUUACUUUUACAGCGACAAAUGCAGUCAACAGUAUCACUAAUAUGUAUACAAUAAUAGUACAAGAUCCUAUUCAGAAUUUAACUGUGGAAAAAUAUCAUAUACCUUCUAUAUGGGGAAAUCUAUCAACAGUCCUAUGGAAUAUAACACGAGGUACCAACGUCACAUAUAAAGCCAUUAUGGGAGAUGGUAUGAUGUACAUAUUAAGUUAUCCGUUCAUUGAUAUUGUCGUUGAAACUACAGUCCAAGACAACAACUCUACAAAUUCAACAGAAGUGAUACCUAUGAACACUACCACUUCGACGCCACCGGUAUUAUUGCAACCAAAGUAUGAUGGAACGUCAAAUGGGAUGGAAGGCUUCAUAUCACAUCUUUAUUUAACUCCAGACUUUUAUACAUUUAUGCUAAUAGCAGAAAAUGACGUCAGUACAAUGAACAUAACAUUUGUUAUUCCUGUCCAAGAUUUAAUUACGGGUUUCUUAAUACUACCCACACCACCAAUACCUUUCUAUAACACACGAAAUGUUUUUAUGUCACUUGUUAGUGGAUCUCACUUGGAAAUUACAGCGGUACUGAAUUCUUCCAUUUUGAAUAUCACUAGUUUUGAUGAAACAGCUGGUACUGGGUACGUUGUUAUAGUCCCUGGUUCUUAUAAUAGUACCGGUUCUCAUUUCCUGGAAGUAAACAUGACAAACCUGGUGAGUCCUGUAGUUUCCUACUCAAUAGAAGUAUGGAUUGAUUACCUGAUUACAAGCCUAUCAAUAGAUGUCGAUAGAUCAUACAUCCCUGUCGGGGACCAAGUGACAUUCGUUAUUGGUAUGUACUGGUGUUCGAGAUUUACAUCAUACAUCGACUUUAUGGAUUCAACAACUACAGAGAGUUUUUAUUAUGAUGUAUUACUGGAUCCGGAAACAUUUAACUACACGCACAGCUAUUAUUCACCUGGCGUCUACCCUGUAAACUUUACAAUUCAAAGUCCUAUUGAUUUUCAUAACAGUCAACAUGAUAUACAUGUACAGUACGGUGUCAAGAACGUCGAUGUUAAAUGGACACAGCUUGUCAGAAUUGAACCGGGAGCGAGCGGUGGUAAAGCUAACAUUUGGCUCAGAUUUAUGGGUGGCGUUCCCAUGCCUACUAUGGCGUCAUAUUUUAUCGACUUCGACGACAAUUCUACAUCAACAGGCUCCUUUGAAGAACCUAUCAUACCAUCAAAAAUUGCACCAGUUGAUACUACCAUCGGAAUUGAUUGUGAAAAAGUUAUUCAACUUUGUACGCAAACAACAUAUAAUGUUGUCAAUAGUACAACAACUGAGACAACAGCUGAGACAACCACAGCGUCAGAUAACACCACGGUUCCUGCUUGUCCAUUAUAUCAGUAUAAUUAUUGUAUGUUAACCGUACCACCUGCUGGACCUACUGCAACUUCUGUUAUCGCUACUACAAUGGCACAAGAUUUUUUCUCUAUUCCAAUAAGUUAUAUUUAUACAACAGAAAACACGCAUAAUGUUUCUAUAAACAUUUCUAAUUUAGUUAGCUAUAUGUUUUUCACUUUACCAAUUGAAGCCGAUAAACCGAUAUAUGGACUUGUGUUUAGGCCAUAUCCACCAUACGUACCGAUAGAUACUAAUGGUAUUUUAAAUAUUUCAAUGUCAUGGGGAAGUCGUGCUACCUGUACAUUUUAUAUAGGUGAUGGAAGCCCAGUAGUGUCAUUACCAUGUGAUCAUUACGAACAGGUGUCGUAUUCUUAUCUGUUUUCGGUUGUAGGAGUGUAUCAUUCAAAGGUAUUCUCAAUUAAUAGUUUAGGCUCUGUUAAUGUUUCUUCCUCUACCGGACCCAUUAUUGUUCAGAUUCCUGUCACUAAGUUUUCAUUACUUUGUCCUGAUAAUGAAAAUUUUAUUGGUCCACCAUGGACUGUUGAAUACAAGAAGAAUGUCUCAUUUGAACUUGUUUGGGAUGAUCAAGGAAAUCGUUACCCUACAAAUGCUUCAUAUACAAUAGACUUCGGUGAUGGAAUUGUAUCCUCACCAGAGCUCCUCCCAACCACAUUUGAAGAUGAGGAUCAUCGCUGUCCAUCGAAGUGCUAUAAGGUGUUUACUUUCUAUCAUACAUACGUAAGAGGCGGAAACUAUAGUGUAAACAUUAAUAUAUGGAAUUUGGUAAGCGACGUAACCUACUCAGCUAAACAUGAUUUGAAAGAAGGUCUUGUUGGACUCCGACUAAAACUAACCGAUUUUGAUUCAAGUACAAAUGUAGAAAAACCUGGUGGUGGGCCUGAUCAGAAUUAUUUUGCACAGGAACAUCAAGUUAAGUUCGUGGCGUCACUCGAACAUGGAUCUCACGUAAUGUACAAAUGGACCUACGGUGACACUAUAAAUACUUUUGAUGAGUCUUUUUACUAUAAAAAUGACGCGUACCAUAACUAUACUAAUGAUAUUUGCUACACUGUCAAAUUGGUAGUUCAGAAUUUUCACAAUAGCCUAAAUUUGUCACAAGAUAUAUGCAUCCAGAGGGGAUGUUUUGAAAUUAGUCUUUUUUGUGACAAUCCACGUGCAAAGAAUUCUACAUUUGUAUAUCAGAUACACCCAGGAAUGGUUGGUUCAAACGCUUGUUAUAUGAUGGACCUAUCGAAAAUGGCAGACCCAAAUCGUUAUAUCAUGUUUGGUGAUGUAACACAGUGUUCUGCGAUACCGGAAUGGAAUGAUGUUUGGAAUAAUACUGACACACUUCGGUUUGACUCAGAUUCUGAUAUAUGGUACGCUAACAAGACAGCGAAUCCUUCUAAUUACAACAUAACUCUAGAUUCAACAUUUACAUUCGAAGGUUACUAUGAUGUAAGUUUGAAAUGCCAAAACAAAGUAUCUAAUGAAGUAUUUGAUUUCCGGGUAGGAGUAACAAAAGGACCAUGUUGGUGGCCGUUAGUUAAUGUAACAGAACCGAACACAUGUGAUGAACCAAUGUGUGACCCUAAUACACCCGGAUUAAAAACUCACUAUAAAUCACUUAAGCUAAUCGUCAAUUCUGAUGUCGUCAUCAAUUGCACUGCUACGAAAAUUGCCUACUUCUGGUGGAAGGUAUAUAAAAUUGACGAAAUUUCAGGCAAUGAGACAGAAAUAGUGAACCUAAACGGAGCUGACGUGUACUCUAUUGGAGCUAGACAACUUAUAUUAGAACCAAGGACAUUGGAUUAUGGUUUAUACCGUUUCAAAUUGAAUGUUAGUAUGAAUGAAGUUAUAGGAAUGGUUACGGUUGACGAAUGCUUCAUUCGUAUCAUUGCCACACCUCUGACUGUCGAAAUAAUUGGGGGAGACUUCAUGAUGAGACGUUGGGGUGAUGUUAAUCCUUUAAACAUCGAUGCUUUGACCUAUGCGUAUGAUCCUGAUGUUGAUCCGAGUGAUAAAUCAGGAAUGACCUUCGUUUGGACAUGCAGGAGAUUGUGUGAAACAUGGCCUGUAUAUAAUAGUGACUGGACUAUAGAUAAAAAAUUUAAGACAAAUUGCACGUACUCACAAGGAGAUGGACAGAAAGAUAGAGGUUGUUCUAAAGUCGAUGGAGCAAACUAUGCGGGAAUCCUUCCAAAUGCAUCGUCUGGCAUACUGAAUACGCUUUAUCCAGGUGACAUGUAUGAAAAUGACGAGGUGGAAAUAAAGGUGUACGUCAUUAAAGGUGAUAGGAGAGUUUCUGAUUCACAAAACAUAUUCAUUGCUGAAGGUAACCCACCAAUUGUAGGCAUCGACUACAUUUUGUAUGUGUAUGAAUUUAUUUCCAGAUGUAUUACAAACUGCGGCUCAAAGGUGAACACAGAUAGUCGGUACAGCCUGGCUACAUAUAUGGAUGGUUGGACAAGAGGCGUGUAUUUCUACUACAAAUGGAUUCUUUUUGCUGUAUCAUGGACUGGUAUAAAGUCUGAAGUAGCUGAAUCAGAAUGGGAAGAAAAAGCUAGUGCUGGUAUGGAAGGUCCUACCAUGGCAAUACUACCUAACUGCCGUAGACUGCAGCUCAACGCCUCGAGAUAUUACGAAUUUAGGGUCCAGACAUGGAGAUGGGGAACUUCAGUGAAUUUAUGCGGUAAGGCAUCCAGGACUUUCUAUAUUAACGAACGACCGUCAAGUGAAGCGGCUAAGAUCACAGUAGACCCUCCUGUUGGAGUGGCCUAUGAAACGAAAUUCAAUGUCAGAUGUGAGGGUUUUAAAGACUACGAGAAUGGAAAUUCCUUCAAGUUGUAUAAAUUUGGGUACAGAACAGACUAUUCUAAGCCAUAUGUAUGGUUCUAUGAAGGAAGAUAUCCAUACAACACUGGUUCUGAAGGACCAAUACCAGAUGGUUUACCAGAGAACAGUUACGAUGUCGAAAUUAUAGCUAGGGCUUAUGAUCAUGUUGGAGCGUUCGCCGAUAAAAUAGGUUAUAUAAGAGUUGACCCAGCUAAUCAGCAGGACGUUGCAAACAUUUUGGUCAAUGCUACAAGUGAGACUGGAAUAGUUAAUAAUUUAUUUGUGGGAGCUGACAUUAAGAUAGCACCUGUUGCUAAAGUUCUUGGUAAAUUUCUAAACGAAGAGGCCGAUAGCGCACCAUCUGACCAGGAAAUAAUAGCUACUACUAUGGCGACGAAUAUGAACGAGACCGCCCGACUGGCAAUGGAACAACAACUCAUAGCUGAGAGAGGGGAAGCAAAAGUUCGGAGAACAGAGACACGAGCUGCUAUACUAGAUGGUUUUAAGAGAAUAAAAGCCCCUUCACUUGAAGCGGUACAAAAUACUGCUGCAGCGUUAUCAGAACUGACUAAGAAACAAGACGAACUUACUGAAACUGCUCAGGACGAUGCUACAGAAAUUUUACAAAGUUAUACAAAUUUGCUUAGAGAUGUAACACACGUAUCGGCUGAUGACCGAGAGGAAACUGCAACUACUAUGGUGGAAGCUUUAGGUAACUUGAUGCAUGCUGCUGGUCACAUGUCUGAAUCCGCGGAAGAUCAAUCAACAUCAUUAUAUAAUGAAUACUACUCAGGAAUAUCUACAACGGCCUCUGGUGUCUCGACAACAACAUUGUCUGCAGCCCAGUUUCAGGCAAAACAGAAUGAACUGGACCGACAGAAGACUAAGGGAAAAGAAAUAUACUCAAAAGUGGAAGCUCAAACGGAUAAUUUGAUCAAAACAAUAUCCACAUACAAGGUCGUUGGUGAAAAAGACGCCAUAUUAGAAUCACCAAAACUGAAUAUAACUCUCAGGAAGAGACUGACCAUCGAUAUGAAUGAUAAACCCCUCCUAGAAGUGGGUGGAUUCUCGAGUGUACUUAUGCCAAAGUCACAGUCUAUAUUUGGUGAUACGGGGAAUGAAACAACUUUUUUUGUCGCCACAGAGGCUUUGAGAAUGACAAACAAUCCGUUCACAUGGACGGACACUACAGCAGGGUCAGCUCAGAAAAUUUCAAGCGACGUUGUCUCGUUGAGGUACCGAAAUGAUAGUGGCCUUGAAGUACCCGUUGAGGAUAAUUCUCAGAUGUUUGAUAUUUUUGUUGAUCGUACUAAUUUUGACACUAGUGUAAAUAUUGUGAGGAAUGUAACCAGGGCUUGGGAUCAAUCUAUGGUCAUACACAGUGUUAAUAUAGAGAAUACUGGGUCAUUGCAUAUAAAACUGGAACAGAUUCUGAACAUCACAGAUAUGAUAGAUUACAUAGAAGCGAUGUUUGCCAACAUUGGAAAUAAUACAAACGAUACCCAGACAGAGUUUGCACUUGAACUUACACCAGUAGAGUGGUACGUCUUUGUGAAAGCAAAUGAACCGCCAACAACUACUGAUUAUGAUUUCAACUGUACCCUUCCAUUGUCGGAUGAUGCUUUAGCUGAAAUGUUGUCAUACAUAGACGCCAUGAAAUAUGAAAAUGAUACCACUGACGACCGAUCAUCAUACAUUCAUGAACAACCAGACAGUUAUACUUGCUUUUUUAGAAAUGAUUUUCUGAGUAUAAAUGAAACUACGAAAUUCUACAUUGGGAUAAAGCAUCUUGUUAUGAACAUGUCCGAAGAUCAUCCUCAAUAUUGGCAUUAUUAUUCUACUGCACCCCCUACAACCACGCCACCGACUACGACACCAAAAGUAUAUACAACCACGUGCAAAUUCUUCACAAAAGACGAAGAUAUGAAAGAGGACAUUGAGGACUGGUUGAAUUCGUUUGGGGACAAAAAGAAAAGGGGAUAUGGCGGCGGAGGAGGAGGAGGAGGAGGCGGAGGCGGAGGAGGCGGUGGAGGCGGAAAAGUUGAGUGUACAACGUACCCAAAAACAAAAGGGCCGAGAACAACCACGCCUACACCACCACCACCAGAACCUGCAUACAAACAAGCUGUCUAUCGUCUUAGUAUAUUUAGUGCCUACUGUAUUUGGUGGGACAGAACGGCAGAUCAAUGGUCUAACGAAGGUUGUGAGGUCGGACCACUAUCAACACCAGAUCGCAUCCAUUGUUUAUCUAGCCAUUUGACAUCGUUUGCCGCUGGCUUCGCUGUACCUAUGAAUACUAUAGAUCUCAACAAUUCAGCAUUUUCAAAAUUAGACGAGAAUCCUAUCAUAUUUUGCACUAUGGUGUCUUUAAUGUGUCUAUAUGUCCUAAUGUGUAUUUGGGCAAGGAAACGAGAUUUAAUGGAUAAAAUCAUGGCUGGAUCGUCACCUCUACCAGACAAUGAUCCUAGAGAUAAAUAUCUAUAUGAAAUUCAGGUCUUUACAGGAUCCAGGAAAGGAGCAGGAACUACAGCCAAAGUUUCCUUUAUUCUUACUGGAGAAAAAGAAGAAACUUCUCCACGGUUUCUUGCUGAUGAAAAAAGACCGGUACUACAAGCAUCUAAUAUUGAUGGGUUUGUUAUGGCAGUUCCUAAGCCACUUGGAAAACUAACACAUCUGAGAAUUUGGCAUGAUAACAUGGGCAGUAAUCCACCGUGGUACUUCAGUAGAAUGCAGAUAGAAGACCUCCAGACUGGGGAUAAAUAUUUCUUUGUGUGCGAAAACUGGUUAUCACUUGACGACGAUGAUGGUCUAAUUGACAGAAUGAUUCCUGUUGCUGGUCGAGCAGAACUAACCAGUUUUAACUAUCUUUUCUGGACAAAAACAAAAUACAGCUUAGCUGAUGGCCAUCUGUGGUUUUCUAUCUUCAAACGUCCUGCUAAGAGUAACUUCACUCGCAUUCAGCGAUUAACUUGCUGUUUGUCACUCCUUUUUGCUACCAUGGUUACUAGUAUUGCAUUCUACAAGUCUGAUGAGGGGUCAAAUCCAAAGGAAUAUGGUGUAGGUCCAAUUGUGGUGACCCCAACAGGAUUAUAUAUCGGAUUAGUCAGCGGCCUAAUGUCCCUGCCAAUAAAUCUAUUAAUUGUAGCAUUAUUUCGGUAUUCAAAACCAUAUCCUAAGAAGAUUGAAGAAACACUUACAUACCGAUUUUAUAGCAAGUUUUUAUGUUUUGCCUGUGUCAAAAAGAAAGUAAAUGGAAUGGAUGAAAAACAGAAGGAAGAAGUAAAAAACAAUAUGGUUGAGAAUGCAAAGAAAGAAAGAACAAGAGAAAAAUCAGAUCUUGACCCUGAUGCUGUCAAAGUAGAAUUGGAAAAUGAGCUUGAAAUGUUAGAGAGAGGCGAAUCUUUUGAUGAUAAAGACGACACUCACAAGAACGAUGAUGAUAGGAGUGUUCAUCCUCCUCCAGAUAAAGAUAUGAAAAAACCAUCAGCAGAGCUUAAUCCAAUUCCUAGGGCUCUUAAAUUCAAAAAAGAUGACAAAACGAAAAAACCCUUCAAACUACCUUAUUGGGGAAUUUAUAUCGGUUAUGUGGUAUCAUUUUGUACUGUAGCUGUUGCGUUUUGGGCAACAGUGGAAUUUGGUGGCGUAUUUGGACCAAAGAAAUCGUUAGAAUGGCUGGUGUCAUUCUUUAUAUCCUGUUUUGAGUCCAUUUUCUUUUCACAGCCAAUAAAGGUGAUCAUCAUAGCCGUCAUCUAUGCAGUUUUUAUUAAGAAACCCGAGGCCAACGAUGACGAUAACGAUAAACAGCUGGAACCUGGGGAGGAAUGGUUGCAUUCACACAUGACUGAGGAAGACUUAAAAAAUCCAGAUAAAAUAAAGGAAUUAGAAAAAAUGAAAACAUCAGCACCUCUCCCUCCAGAGUUAGAUUUCCUAAAGACGGCACGGGAGGAAAGAGCUCAUGAAUUGGCAAUGUAUUCCUUGCUGAAAGAGAUAGCUAUAUGUGUGUUUUUCCUGUAUUUUGUGUUGAUGAUAGCCUAUUCCAACCGAGAUCCAUGGUCAUAUAAUCAAUACACUACUUACAACAACAUGUUUAAUCUAGGAUCAUUUUCUCCAUCUUACACCGUUCAGUUCGAUCAGGUAAACUCUAUAGCCCAGUUUUGGAAUUGGACACAAAAUGCCUUAUUAAAUAGUCUGUAUUACACAGACUGGUAUAACGGUGAUGUGUUUACAGAUAGCUCAAGGCUGAUACAAGAUAAACAGACUCUACUGGUAGGAAGUGCUAGACUACGCCAACUUAGAACUAUUCCUUACAAAUGCGUUGCACCUUUAGAUUAUUUAAUCGAAUACUGCAGAGAUGACUACAGCUCUUUUUCGGAAGAUAAAAAGGACUACAAACUAAGAUGGGAUCCGUUAGAUGCCUCAGAUCCUACAGAUAUCCCAGCCAGUCUAUUCAGCUACAGCCAAUCAAGUGAUAUAGAUGGCUAUCCGUACUGGGGUAUAUUUUCUACUUAUGGUGGUGGUGGAUAUGUGGCAGAUCUUGGUACUACGAUGACGGAUGCCUCUUCAGUGAUCGAUACUUUAAUGGGAAACAACUGGGUCGAUAAUAAUACCAGGGCAAUUUUCAUUGAAGUCAACUUAUAUAACCCUAAUAAUAAUCUAUUCGGCAUCUGUCUGUAUGUCCUGGAGUUUUUACAGACAGGAGGCAUUGAACCCUUCGAAAGAUUUUUCAUAUUUCGUUUAGACCGGUAUAGUAAUGGAUUCAUGUAUUUUGUUAUGGCUAUUGAGUUGAUUACCAUGGCCUUCGUUAUAUUUUACACUGUAACAGAAGUCAAGAAAAUACGAAAACUGAAGAAAGAGUAUUUCAAGGAGUUCUGGAACGUAUGGGAACUGAUUGUAUUAGCUAUAGCUUAUGGUUUGGUUUUAGUGUUCAUAUAUAGAAGUGUUAUUAGUGUACAGAUGAUGAGGAAGGUGAAGGACAAUCCUACAACGUUUGUUAAUUUCUUCUUUGCUAUUGUUUGGGAUGAGUGCUGUGGAUAUUUCAUUGGAAUUUUAGCUUUUAUGGAAACACUAAGGUUUUUGAGACUACUACGAUUUAACAAGAAAGUAUCUCUAUUUACUUCGACAAUGAUGUAUGUGGCCAAACCACUGCUAAGUUUUGGUGUUGUAUUCAUGUCUGGAUUCUUAGCAUUUUCUACAACAGCUUAUUUCUUCUUCAAUACUUACAUGUUUGACUUCAGAACAUUUGUAUCAACUUUAGAAACGCUAUUGUCCAUGAUGUUAGGUAAAUUCGAUUAUGAAAAGGCAUGGACCACUACAAGAGUAGCGGGACCGAUCAUAUUCGGAAUGUUUGCUCUAUGUUUUAACUUUAUUCUCGUGAACUUUUUUCUGACAAUUGUAAUUGAUGGUUUUGAAGUGGUUAAAAGUGAUUUAUCUAAACAAUCAAAUGAUUAUGAAGUUGUAGAUCACAUGAUGAAGAAAAUGAAAAUGCUUUUAGGUAUUGAUGUGCCGAGAAAACGGAAGACUGGAUAUUCAAUGGACCCGAGGCUGAAUAUAUAUACAUAUAUAGAAGGAAAAACUCCCGACCAAGAGUUGUGUGAUGAGUUAGAUGGUAAAGUUCAGAGUAUGUUAGAGAGAUGUAAUACUCUUGCUGAGUUCCCAGAAGAUGAGGAUCUAGAGGAGGAAAUCCAAGAAGUCAAAACAAAGAAAAAGAAGAAAAUAAUUGUUGCUGAAUGAUUUAUCAUCGGUUGUGUUGGCUAAAACUGUGUUUCUACUUCUUGUAUAUAAGAUACUUUUAAGGAAAGUUUUUCAAUUGUGCCAUGUCAAAGAUUUCUGAAAGUAAAUUUAUGAUGAGAAUGCAUCUAAAAGUUAUGUGUACUGUUUUUUUUCAAGUGUACAAAACUGAAAGAGAUUGAUCAUGUUUACAUUAUUUUUACAUUUCUAUUUUUUUAUUUCAAAUAAACUAGUAAAGCAUUUUCCGACAUAUAUAUUUUUUUUCAAUCUAGAACUUGUUUUCUUCGGUUAUAUAGAGACAGUGUUUUUCUGUUUAAGUUUUAAAGUAAUGCACAACUGAUUAAGUGCUUUUGACAAGUAUAUAACUCCUUUCGAAAUUAUUGGAUAGAUUUGAUUUAUGCAGUUU